UUUUGGUUGUGUUGUGAUUUGUGCGUUAUGGAGUUAGCACAAGUUAUCGUUUUCUUGCUCUUUUAUCCCUUAAGGCAAGGAGCACCCACAACCUAUACAUCAGGAGCCUAUACAUCAGGAGCCUACACAUCAGGCGAGCCCAGAAGGACGGGCAAUACUCAUCCCCCGACAGGAAGUUGGACGUAUACGACUAGUCCAGUACCAUUGACCACCACAGAGGAGGUGGGGAGGACAACUUAUCCACCCUCCAGCGAACCUUGGUACCUUUCUGACGAUGAAGAAAUAGUGACGGACUGGGUCGAGGUAAAUUGGGAUACGUGGAAUAGUGAGGAUGCACAUGAUGCUUUUGAUGAUGAAAUAAACACUUCCUUUACCCUGGAUCCUAUUAUUUAUGGGAAUGUGGUCAAACUGAAUGCUGUGUUCUAUUGGCCGACGGUUAACGUGAAAGGUGUCCGAAUAGUGGUUGACCAGCGGACAGAUGAGGACACCAUAACAGUGGAAUUGGACCCCGACUUCACAGACUUGUUUCACAGCACACUAUACCCCAGAACAGUAUGUCUCCUUGUGUCCAGUAACCCAUCUUGGAAGGGAGUUAAAACACUAGAGUACAAGUGUGACAGGGUCUCUGCAACCCGGGUGUGGAUUAUAUUUAAGCAUCAAGGUGGACCCGACACGGUGGUUUAUGAUGUUUACAUGUACGGUUACUCCUCCAGACCUGAAGUCAAUAUGUACAGAAAGUUUGGCAGCGAGGGGCCCUCGGAGGAGGCUUGGGUUCUUGCUGACGAUGAAGAAAUAGUGACAGACUGGGUGAAGUUUAGAUGGGGAGACUGGAAUGAAAAAGAUGCAUACAGGGCCUUUGAUGACAAUAUGGAGACAUCGAUUACCCUGGAGGCUGCUAUUCACAGACGAGUGGCAAAACUGUACGCAGUUUUCUACUAUCAGGUGAACGUGAAUGGUGUCCGAAUAGUGGUUGACCAGUGGACGGAUGAAGACACCAUAACAGUAGAAAUAGACCCAGAAUUCACAGACUUCACAGCGACACCCAGACCCAGGACAGUCUGCCCACUGAAGGACAGUGUCUCUGAGUCCGGACUAAAACAGGUCCGUUUCAAGUGUGACCGGAUCACUACAGCACGGGUAUGGGUGAUAUUCGAGAUACCUGGAGGACACAGCACUGUUGUUCACGAUGUUUACAUGUACGGUAACUCUUUGUCCGAGUAUGUGACUUAUGAAAAAGAGGAGGAGGGUACGGAAUUUGUUACGGGCAUGGAAGAGAUAACGACAAAAUAUUGGAUGAGAACACUGAGUAGCACUUCCUACAGCCAAUGGACGUCCGGUAAGGACAACUCAGAAUCCACGGAGAGCGUCACCUCAGGACCUACAACAUCAUGGCCAUACUUCCAUUUCUCGGAUGUUUUCUCCCUUUUCCAGAAAGAAGAUCAUAAUGAUUAUUUCACGUGGCAGCCUGACUUCGAGGACUUCAUUCCGUAUGAGAAACUUGUGGAACAGCAGGAGAAAAAAGUAGAAAAGCAAUUAAAAUCAGAAGGAGAAGGAGGAGAAGAGGGAGAAGAGGAGGAAGCAGAUAAAGGAUCAAACGUGCUCGGAUUCCUGACGAACACCGGAUAUUUGGACUAUGUGAUGACAGAGAACAAAGUUGAGGAUAAGGUUAAUGAAGCAAAGAAAACUGCCAAGAAGGAUAGUGAUAAAAAGAAAGAUACAGGGCUUCUUGUUGAUAGUAACGACGUCAAAAACUCGAUUAAAGUUUUCCAAAAGUUCAACGGUUUUCCGGAGACGGGUACGCUUGACAGGGACAUUCUGGAGUUUGUGAAGAAGCCGAGAUGUGGGAACCAUGAUGUUGAGUACACGGAGGAGGAGGUGAAACAGGAAGCCUUACUUUGUGAUACGGCUUUUUCUGGAUCUAAGCCAGUUCAGACAACUAAUUUCGACUGUGAAGGUUUCAAUGGAGCUGGUUCUGAGACCAAAUGUGUUAACCUCCCAGCAGUCUCAAAAACAGGCUUCAUAGAAGAAGGAGUUCCUUACACCAUUGAAAUUGAUCUGCAGUUCAAGCCUCAGGAGGGUGGAUCUUGGGAGGAUCUGAAGAAUAAAUUUCAUAUAUUUUUCAACUACGAUAGUAUCGAUGAACUGAAAUUUCUUGACAGAAUAAACUUGUUUGCAGAGGAUGACAAGUUUGGUUUCUUGUAUGAUAAAAAGAAAGCUGGAAAAGACAAGACCUUAGGUGAUUACGAUAUGACAAAAACUCAAAUUGCAAGAAGAGAAUUCAAAAUAAGGAUCGACGUAGAGAAGAAUAAGGAGGCUUUCUUGCUGAUAAACGGAAAUGACGUUGGUAAAAUCAAGUACAAACGUCGCCUGAAGCCUUCAGUCCGCUUGCAAUGGCAAGACAAAAUACCCGGAAUAAUAACCGCCAGGAUCUGCAAAAGACCCGAAACGGUUGAAGUUAGCCGCACAAAGCGCUCAGCCUCAUCCCACAUCUGGGGAGACAACCUCAUCACAUUCAACUUCCAGAACUACAGCUCAUCGUUAGGAGAAAAGGACACCAGGAAAGGUGUGAUGGACGCUCUCAAAAUUCUUGGAACUUCCGCAAAGCUGGAGUUUAAAGAGAUAUCCGCCCUCGAUUCAGCCAUGGUAACGUACAUGUUUAUCAAGGGAAGACACGCGGAUGGGACGACUUUCAGCGGAGCUGGGAUUGAGAAAGCCCACGCUUUCAGUCCAGUCCACAGUGAGGUUCAUUUCAAUGACUUUGAGAAGUUCACUCUAGAGAUGGAGGACCGGGCUACCAGUAUGUUUUAUGUGGCUCUACACGAGACUGGACACGCUUUAGGGAUGAAACACUCCGCGUACAAGGACGCGGUGAUGGCAGCGGGCUAUGUCCCUUUGAAGGCGUAUCAGACAAACUCGUUACACCGGACAGAUAAACAAGUGUUACACGCUAGCUACCUCGGGGAUAUCCCUGAACAAGCGAAAGUGAUUGAACUGGACCCUACCAAAAGAAUAAUCCCUGAUCCAGACUUGUACCUACCAAAGUUUCCACUACCCAGGGAUUGCUUCGACAAGAUAGACGCAGCAUUUACCUUUGGGCCCACCUUGUACCUUAUAUCCAACACAUUCAUCUGGCAGUAUCAGAAAGAGGGAGCUGGAUAUAAGAUGAUAGGAGGCCCUCAGGGAGUCUCCAAUGUCUUGGCCGGCUGGAAUCAUAUUACCAGGGCGGCUUUCACAGUUGGAGACAAGCUCUACAUUCUCGGAGACGGAGUGGCACACAGAUACUCCAGAUACAGUACAAUUUGGGUGCUAAAAACAGUAUCCACAGUUGACGAGCUGCUCAACAGCAAGAAAUCUUCCCACAAUUUCGGAGCCGUUAAAUCAGCCUUUUCUCUCCAGCUCGAUGAGGGUGUAGUCCAGACCACGUUAGUAACAGGAACACGGGAGUACUACAAGAUCACGUGGAAAAACAGCAAUAAGGUUGCCACAGCUGAAUGGUUUCAGGACAGUUCUGGUACUGAAUUACUUGGGAAAACGUACGGGUUGACAGAGUUUAAUGCAGCUACCACCCAUGAAAGGGAGAAGAAGGGGGCGAAGUUCACUGAAGUUAUGAAGUUUGAUGGAAAGUACGUGAAGUCAGUAAAAGUAUACCACAAUUCUGGAGAAGUUGUUCGUAAGAAGGACCCAUACUUUGAGAUCCCUGUAGCCUUCCAAAUACCUAAAUGGUGUGCUCCCAAGCUUAACGGAUAAUGUGUGCUACUGGAGAUUGUUGUCAGAUCAUGUUUUAGAGAUUAUCACAUUAUCAACGAACACUGAAAAAUUCAAGUUAUCAUAUUAUCAUGUCAGGAUAUAACACAUACAAGCAUUUAUUUGUUCCUGAACAAGCUAUUUUGAUAUUUAUCGGUGCUGCUAACCAUGUUGUUGGAAUUAUACCCAUUAAAGGCGUCAGGCAAUGAUUUACUACAAUUUUACAAUACCGGGUAGCCACUUUACCACCUUUUAGACAAUUCACCCGUGCAUUAAACCAUCAACAAGUCGACAUGUCACGUGACAUUCAAGCCGCUGAUUGGUCAACCAUAUUCUGUUCUCGCUUCUCAUUGGUUGGAAGGAACACGGAAUAUGUUCGCACGAGAUCCCCGCAUUCACGCUGUUUUGAAAUCACUCCUGAUUUAUUGACUCACACAAUGGAUUUGAGCAGCGGUUGAGUACUUAUAAUGGACAUGCUGGUUUUACUCAGACAAUAAAAGGGAGUUAUUAACCGAAUGGUUUGUUGAAUUGAAUCACUUUUAACAGUAAUUCUUGUUUAAAUGUGACUAUUUUAAUAACUCAGUAACACCAUUACUUUAAUAACUCAGUAGCACCAUUACUUCUUCAAUGUCAUUCUUUUUAGGAUAUGCAUCAUGCAUGAUGAAGGAUGAGUUAGCAAUUUAAAGCCUUGCAUCUUUUAAAACUAAACAUACACUUUUAAUGUGCUGUAUGAAAAUUAUGCCAUAAAAUUACGAAUUAUUACAUUUAAAGUUGAA